CAUCCUUGCCCCCCCUCCAGGCACAGCAGGCAAAUCCAGCUGGCCGCACGGUCGACGGCAUUUCUGCAUGCCUUACUCCGUAUUUGUUGACGAGAUGGCGUCCCGAGGUGCCCUGAGGCCCCUUGAUGGAGGAACGGAUAGGCUGAUUCGAGCCCGUUGACUGGAUCCAAGAAAAGCUGCGCCAAGCCGUAAGCCCCAAGGGGCUGGUGUUGUCAUGCUAUGUUCCUGGCACCUGACUCGUGGAAGGAGGGCAGAGGCGCUGGUUUGAAUGCAUUAUUCCUCUCUUCUGACAAGAAUACUAAUUCUUACAGUGUGUGAGCGAGGUCAGAAAAUAAUAAUUAUUACUAUUGGAUAUUACGGAGAAGUGGCGAGAAUAAAGGUGUACACUGCUCUAAGGUGCGGCAUUGACGAGCCAAGCAGCGGGCACUGAUUGUUGAAUGCUGAUGGUUGCUCUUGGCCCACGAAGGCAAAACCACCAGGGUUCGCGUGAGAAAGGAUUCUGGACGGCCAAAAGAAGAGGCGAGGGUUUACUGUGUAGCUGAAAGCAGGCUCCGAGUGAAUCCGUCCCGGUAUAUUUUAGUGUCGUGAUGCCGGAGAAGAGGACUCUGACGCCCUACGCUGUGGAUAGUUCCCAGGAGAAACAUCCUUAGGCGACGAGGCCUUGUCGUACACACGGUCUAGGGCAGUCAGCAGCUUACUGGGAACCCACAGCCACAGGGCCAGUGGGAGCAAGAACAUUAUUGAGUCGAGACUGUUUACUGAACAGGUGGAGUGGAGCAGUAUGUCAUCUCGGCUCCAUUUUUGCAUUUUGCCUAGACUGGUAGUAGUCUGACUAUUCAAACUACCAUCGUCUGCCUCUUUUUCUCGGGUGGGCAGCCAGGGGAAGAGAGGGGACAACGCUCAUGAUGUCUGAUGUCUGCAGCGAAUCUUUGGGAGGUCAAGACUCCAAAGCUGAAACCAAAAGGUGGUGGGGUCACCAUAGCCGAUCAGCGUGCUAUUGUAGCCCUAAAGAAUAUAAAGAGCGGAGCAGUGCUUCUGGUAAGGCUGGCCGUGGGCAACGCUGGACAGAUGCCAUCAUGCCAGACAACAUCAAUCUUCGCGGUCCAUCCAUAUAUCGCAAGAUACUACACGGCAGUCCUUCUUGUGGUCAGGCGUUGCACAAAUUCCACAGGUUGAAAUGGACUUUCUACAGAUUUACUCUCUCCAUACGAGUCAGGAAGGGGGAAAUUUCUCUCACCUUGAAGCGGAAGCGGAUAUUGUUGAUAAUCCCCUGCUCGCUCCUCUUCAGCCCCGGCAAGAAGGCUGAACUCCGUGCGAUCUUAUUAUUAUUUGCGGCUAUGGAAGGAACUACGCUUAUGUGAUGCAUAAUCUUAGCGCUGCUAGCGUCUUCGAGAUGUGCCGUCGUUGCAUCAAUGCGUUCCCCAACGAUACCGCCUCGUUCUGCCUAACUAAGCAAUUCGUUUGCGUAGUCAUUCCUCCUAACAGUGCAUUGAAAAUGAUCAGAGUAUUAUUGACUGGGGAUUGUUACUACAGCAUAAUCCCUUUUUUUUAUUAUUGCCCACCAAUCUCAAUUACUCAAUUCGCAGAUAACCUGCUCUCGUCCGGGCCUUCCCCCUCUCGCGAAUCGGCGCAGAUCCCAAAUCUUUGAAUAAACUCCCCACUUGAUUCCUGACAUGUGGAUGAGUUCGAUUCUCCCCGAGAAUUCGUUUGGAACAUGCUCACCCCAGGAGAAAAGGUUUAUGUAGCCCUUCCUCGAGUGGGGAAGCGCCGCCACACGGCGAACGAAGCAAUUGACGGGGAAGUGUAUCCCCGGAAAUAACCAUAUGUCAUGUCAAGCGUGUACAAGAUCUGGCCUUAGAGUACGGAUUUAUCCUCUCAACGGUUUACGGAAAUAAAUAGUUAGUUAUCCCGUUAGCUCAAGGAAACGAGAACGAAAAUAUCCUCUUUGUGGUUCUCUGGAACUCUAGGGCGGUUUAAAAUCUGGUAUAGAGCAGAAAAGAAUAAACGCGGUUAUAGAUUUCGGACUGGUUAGCCUUGCGGAAAGGAAAAAGAAAAGAAAAGAGAAAGAAAAAGAAAAACCACCCCAUCCUUCGAAUUAAAGCGUUAGAAAAUUCACAUGCGUCCAGACUCCACAUACAGGUCCAUGCCAAAAUUGGCUUUACCCCGGACACCAAUUCUGCAUGAACUGAACAUACUAUAAAUCCCUAUCGAUGAGGUACAUCCCGAUAGAGAUCCCUUUUAUGGGGAUAAUAAUAUCGAGGAAUUUCUCGUUCCCCAUGGGGACGGACGGACUCUGGGGUAGGCAGAUUGAUGGUUAGUACUACGUAUCCCUUGUGAUAGUUGGGCGGCAUAUGGAGAUAUUCAGUUCGCAGCCAUAUUUUAUCUCGUGAUUCUCUAUGGCUGGGUACGUACGCAGCAGCGUAAAUCGCUCGGGCUUGGAGACGCCGAGGAAAGUUCGUGAGGGACAGCACGAUCAGAGAGGGAAGUCUUCGCUAUCGAUCCGAUUCAGGAUAUGGAAAACAAU